AAUAAAAAAUCGACAAAAGGAAAAGUGCACCAUACUGAAAAAAAUAUCAAAUACAAUAGUUCAAAGCGUACGAAGAAGUCAUCGUAAUUGUCGAAGGAACUAUCGAAAGAAUAAUUGUAUAUUAUGUUGUCACGCGCCGCCACCCGUCGUUCUUACAGUACUGCUGUUCAAGCUGUAGUUAAAACUACUGCCAGAGAUACUACUGGUAACUUAACCAAUUUAACUGUUGUAGUUAACAAUAGUGGUUCAAAAGCUGGUAAAUCUGGUAUUUCCCAUUUAUUAUCAAGUUUCAAUUUUUUAAACACUGGUGCUAAAUCUGCUUUAAGAUUUACUAGAGAAUCUGAAUUAUUAGGUGGUCAAUUUUCUUCCAAUGUUACAAGAGAUGCCAUUGUUUUAAAUACUUCAUUCUUAAAGACUGAUUUACCUUAUUAUGUUGAAGCUUUAGGUAAUGUUUUAAGUAAUACUAGUUUCAGACCUCAUGAAUUGGUUGAAAAUGUUUUACCAGUUGUUAAAUCUCAAUAUGAAUCUGCCAUUAAGUCAAACUCUUAUCUUGCUUUAGAAGAAUUACAUGAAUUAUCCUUUAGAAAAGGUUUAGGUAAUCCAUUGUUAUAUGAUGGUACUAAUAAAAUCACUCUUGAUGAAAUUAAAGAAUUUGCUGCUCAAUCUUAUACCAAGAGUAAUAUUUCUGUCUUUGCUUCUGGUGCUAUUGAAGAAGAUUUAGUUCAAUUCAUUAAUGAUAGUUCUUUCUCAUAUUUACCAUCAGGUGAUGCUUCUUCAGUUGCUCCAGUAACUCUUUUCAAAGGUAAAGAAGCCAGAAUCAGAUCUGGUGGUGAAUCUGCUGUAUUUAUAGGUGUUCCAAUUAAACCAACUGAAUUUGCUAAAUAUGAAGUCUUAUCAGCUGCUAUUGGUUCUUCUAUUUUAAAUUCUGAUAUCACUGCUCCAUUAUACAAAUUAGCUGGUGUUGAUGCUUCUUCAUCUGUUCUUAAAUACAAAGAUGCUGGAUUAUUUGUCAUCUCUGUUAAAGGUUCUGCUGCUGCUGUUUCUACUGCUGCCAAGCAACUUAAAACUAUUGUUGAUUCAGCUGAUGUCAAGGCUGCCACCAAGAAGGCUGAAUUAUCCAUUGCAUUACAAUCUACUUUUGAAUCUCCAUUAUCCUUCAAAGCUGAAGCUACCCCAGUUAAAUUAGGUGCUUUCAACUAUGUUGCUAUUGGAGAAGUCGAUGCUUUACCAUACGCUGAUGAAUUAUAAAUAAGAAUAAUAACCUCUUAGACAAACCAUCAUCCUUAACAUACAUUCUUUAAAUAUACACAUGUGCAUAAAAUCGUACCAUACCAUACCAUACCAUACAAUUCCAUCUAUUCACCACUUACCCUUCAUAGACAUUUAUUGUUAUCAUGAUUCAACCUAAAACUUAAAUAUUCUUUACUUAUUAUUCUCUUUAUUAUUCUUGUUAGUUUCCCUUAUUUCUAUUAUUAUUUAAUAUAUAACUUAAAAUUUUAUAUAUUGCUGAAACAUACGAUUUAUAGCAUUCCAGAUAUGAAUUUUGCAGCUUUCUGAUAAUUUUAGUAUAUAUUUAAUUUCCAGUCUUCUUUUGGUAUGGUCGUGCGAAAUGGUUGAAUUUCGAGCAUUUUUUUCUGUAAUGA